CAUAUGUAGUGCAUGUGUAAAACACACCGGUAAUGCGUGUUUUAUGUAUUUUUAUUCUAUAAAUAAUAUCAAGUGAUAAAAAUUUAUGUGAAUGUGUAGUGUUAUCAUAAAGAAUAUGUAUUUUAAUCAUAUUAUUUUUCAAAAUUUAUCAAAAAAAAUUUAAAAAUAUAGGUUAUGUUUGUACACGGUUUCCAAAUCAAAUGACAAACGAAUAUUAAUCUCUGUGGUAAAUAAAUAAAAUACAUUCAAGAUUUUUACAUACAACAUUAAUGAGUAUGGCGAAUAAACCAAAAGUUUUGAUUACACGACCUGAUAUACCUGGUAAAGGAUUAAAUCUUUUACAAGAACAAUGUGACGUUGUUUCAUGGAACAAACAAACACCAAUUCCACGUUCAGAAUUAUUGUCAAAGGUGCCAGGAGUAUCUGCAAUAUUUUGUACACUAACUGAUAAAAUAGAUGAAGAAAUAUUAAAUGCAGCUGGAAAACAAUUGCAAGUAGUUGCUACGAUGUCUGUUGGCACAGAUCAUUUAGAUUUGAAAGCUUUAAAAAAUAGAAACAUUCAAGUUGGAUACACACCAAACAUAUUGACCAAUGCUACAGCGGAAUUAAUUGUAGGAUUGCUUUUGACAACAUCAAGAAGAUUAUUGGAAGCAAAUAAAGCUGUCCAUAGCGGUGAAUGGAAGGCAUGGGCACCAACAUGGAUGUGUGGUACAGGAUUAGCUAAUUCUACUGUUGGUAUCGUUGGACUUGGUCGUAUUGGAUGUAAAGUUGCUGAAUGUUUAAAACCUUUUGGUGUAUCUCAAAUUUUGUAUACCAGUAGAACCGUCAAACAAGAAGCUACUAAGUUUAAUGGAGAGAAAGUUCAAUUGGAUAAAUUGUUAUCAGAAAGUGACUUUGUUAUAGUAACCAUAGCAUUAACAUCAGACACCAAAGAAUUAUUUAAUACCAAAACGUUUGAAAAAAUGAAAAGAUCUGCUAUAUUUAUCAAUGCUAGUCGUGGAGAAGUUGUUAAUCAACAAUCUUUAAUAGAAGCUUUAAAAAAUGGUACGAUUAAAGCUGCCGGUUUGGAUGUCACAACACCUGAACCACUUCCAUUGGAUAGUGAACUUUUAAAAUUAACUAACUGUGUGGUUUUACCUCACAUUGGAAGUGCUACUAUUGAAACUAGAGAAGAAAUGGCUAAAAUUACUGCUGAAAAUAUUUUAGCUGUUUUGAGAGGUGCAACCAAUGAAAUGCCAGCACCACUUAAAUUGUAAAUUGAAAUCAUAUUAAUUUUAUAUAUAUAUAUAUAUAUAUUACUCUUUUUUUUUCUUA